UAAGUGUUUUAAUCAGUGAAAGACAGUUGUUACGCGCUAAUCAGAGAUGGCUGAUCAGUUCACAUAUGCUAACAUGCAACAGGCUAGUCAAGCUGGCUACCCCCCCUUCCACUAUCCAACAGCAAGUGAUCAAAACGCUCAGUUGCUUCAAGGUUAUGCGCUUUCUCAACAAGGAAAUCCAGCUGCUGGAGUUCCAGGCUCUAUGUUUGGGGCUCAGUCAGCGGCUUCAUAUAAUUUUGACCAAACAGGUUCUGCUUACAACCAAACCUCUUCGAUUCCCGUAUGUCAGGUAGACGGUUCACAAGUCCCUAUGCAACCCGGUUUGUUUGAUAACUUGUUGUUUAUAAUUUUCAGCUGCCGGAGGCUUUGCUUACCCUAAUUUCUCUGGGUCAUUCAAUCAGUAUCCUGGAAUGGGGCAAGGUAUGCCUCCUGGAUUGUCAGCUGUCCAAGCAGGCUUCAGUACCGGUACUGCACUAUAACCUUUUCUUAUUUUUAAAGAUAUGCAACAGUUUGGGCCACUCAUGGCUAAUGCUUUUGGGCAAACGAUGUCUGCUAAUGGAGCGAUUUUAGAGGCCAUAGCUCACGAACAAGGACUUGCAGGUUUUAAUCCAGUCGCUUUCCUCCAAGACCCAACUGGCACGAACACUCGCGGUGGAUUGGGCUCUGGAAGAGGCAGCAGGUAUGUUAAAUCCAAAAUCUUUGGUACAUCUGAAUAUCGAACGGUGUUUUGAGUUUUGAUCGAAAUUUUUGAGUGUCUCCCAAUCAGUCGCGUAUUUGGUUCAAUUUGAGUGGGAGCUGUGUUUUUCGUCAGUGUUUUGGGUAACUUUAUUGGUAAUUACCAGUCAAUGGUUUUAUGGUAUAUGUGUGAGUCUUGGUAUUUUUGGCUCCCCCACUUUAAUAUUUUUUUUACAGAAGCAAGUUGUCUUCUGGUGUUUUUGUGUUUUCACUAUUUUGAAUUUAACGAAGAUUAGUGUUUUUCAGCCAAAGAGGUGGAUAUAACAAGUUUGGCGGUUCUCGAUCGGGUUCCAACUUGCCCAGUGUCACUAAUCCUGAUGGACUCCGGGAGGAUACAAUCUUUGUCAGUAAUCUGCCUCAAAAUAUUGAUCACGAUGUGAUGAAGUCUCAAUUUGGUGUCGUCGGGAAAAUCAAGAUCAAUUCCAAAAGCGGUAUGCCCAUGAUAUGGAUAUUUAAAGAAAAAGGUAUACCUAAAGGCGAAGCGCUUGUAACUUAUGAAGAUCCAAGUUGUGUCCAAUCGGCUAUUCAGUGGUUUAAAGAGCAUGAAUUUUUGGGAAGAAAGAUUGAAGUCAAACAAGCUAUUAACAGUCAAAGACCAGUUAUUAUCCCUCCUGGGGGAGGUGGUUUGCUGGGAGGAAAUGGAAAUGGACCAAACAAUCCUGCUGCUGCUCUGGCUGUCGCAGCUGUGGCUGCGGCUGCCAGUGGGAACACUGUUGCCAGUUUGAUGAAUAACAGUGCGGCUGCUGCGGCCAGCCUUGCUGCUCUUACAGCGAACAACCCUCAGCUGGCUGCCCACUUUGAUUCCAAGGAGUAUCCAGGUAUGGGUCGCGGAGCAAGCACAGCCUCUCGAGGUGCCCGUGGAGCAAUUACCAAUGGUUCUUCUGUACGACCUAGCGUCGGUUCGGCUCAAGCAGGUUCAAGGGAAGGUGACUGGAGCUGUCCACAGUGUGGUAAUAUUAACUUUUCAUGGCGAGAACAAUGUAAUAGGUGCCAGUCAACUCGUUCAGGCGAUGGAUCUAGUAAUCCUGAUACGAAUUCUAGAAAUAACUUGAAUGCAACUAGUCGAAGUGCUCAACCACCUGCUGCAGUUAUGAAUUCCAGUUCUCAACAGAGCAAUCCUGGGUUUGGACGAGGCGGGGCAAUGAAUCCUACUUCAAGCGCCAAUCGAGGAGGUCGAGGUGGUGGUCCCAUGCGUGGAAGUAGUGUUGGAACAGGUCGGGCACGUCCAGCGCCUUAUUAAGCCAUCUAAAUUUGCCAUUGUAGGAAAUUUCUUGAAAUAUGCUUUCAUGAUGCAUUUCAGGUCUCUGCAAUUAGUGUCUUUGUUGUCUCACUAACUGGAUGGUUUGUGAAAUAUUGUAUUUGAACUAUGUAAUUAUGGUCAUAUAACCCAAUAAUUGUUAUAUGCUCUA